UCAAAUAGGGGAAGGAGGGGAGAACUUACCUUUAAUAGGGGUAUAAUUCAAAUAUAGGCCGGUCGAGAGAAAAGGCUCCGGGGGUCAAUUCAGAUUCGUAUCCUGAUCGUCCACACACUUAGCCACUCAUACCACCACAAUCACCCGUCGAUAUGCCCUCAAACGAGAGUUAUCAUAAUGACUCCUCGAUGGAGACUGAAGCAUUGCUGAGGCAAGUCAAUCAGGCGGCAAACGCAUUCAACGAGUCUCAUGGCGAGGCCGACCGUCUGAAAGCACUACGUGCGGCACAGGAACUGGUGACUGCAUUCCAGAAACCGCAGGAUGCAGUGUACAACCUGGCCUAUUCACCCACCCAUGUGAUGUGUGUUAGGAUUGCCAUCGAUCUGGAGAUUUUCACCACCUUGAGCGAAAGGGGCUGUCCGACGAGAUUGGAGGAGUUGGCGGCUGUCAAGGACGCUGAUCCCAUUCUGACAGAACGAGUGCUGCGCAUUUUGACCAGCAUCGGUUAUGUGGCGGAGCACGACGUGAGAAUGUAUAUGCCGACGGCAAUGACGAGGCAAAUGACCGACCGUUUGAGUCUGGCGGUAGUUAGAUUCAUCUUCGACGUCGGGAUGCCCACGCUCGCCAAAGUCCCCGAGUUUCUGCGAACAACUGAGUACAGGAAUCCCUCGGGCCCCUUGAACGGUGCAAUUCACUAUGCGGAGAAGAUGGACACUAUCAUCUGGGAGUGGCUCGCCACAAAACCGGGAUACCUGGACGCCUGCAACACGUUCAUGGAAGCGGAUCGGGGUAGCCGACCCAGCUGGUUGGAGUGGUUCCCGGUUCAGGAACAAUUGAUCGAGGGUUAUCAAAAGGGGGAUAGCGAUGUGCUCCUCGUGGAUGUAGCAGGAGGACGGGGACAUGAUAUUGCUGCCUUCCAGACCAAAUUUCCCGAUGCGCCAGGCCGGCUGGUACUGGAGGAUCUUUCGCAGGUUCUAGAGAGUGCAGUGGUUCAUCCCAAGAUUGAACAUGUUCCAUUCGAUCUGUUCAAGCCGCAGCCGAUCCAAGGUGCACGGACUUACUAUCUGAAAUUUAUUCUGCACGAUUGGUCGGAUGAGGAUUGUCGUCGGAUCCUGAGACAUGUCGGAGCGGCGAUGAAGAAGGGAUACUCUAAAUUGAUCAUUGAGGAAUUUGUGCUUGCUGAUAGAGACUGUGCUAUGCUGCCUGCUAUGUGGGACUGGGAGAUGUUGAUCUUCUGUAACAGUAUGGAACGUACGGCGGACCGGUGGAGGAAACUGAUCUGUUCUGCGGGCUUCCAAAUAGUGAAAUUCUGGCCCCCUCCAGGGGAUGGACAAGGUUUAAUUGAAGCAGAGCUGGAGUAGAG